UGUCUUGUAAGGACACUGAAGACAUGGAAGCCGUUUCUAGCGGUCAUGUUUCUGCAGUUUGGUAUUGCUGGAUUGGCCAUCAUCGCAAAGUCUGCUCUCAACAAAGGCAUGAGCCCCCAUGUUCUCGCCGCCUACCGCCACAUUGUCGCCACUCUCGUCAUUGCUCCUUUCGCUUUCUUCUUUGAUAGGAAAGUGAGGCCGAAGAUGACUCUACCAAUCCUGUUCAAGAUAGUGUUGCUCGGAUUGUUGGAGCCGACGAUAGAUCAGAACUUAUACUACACCGGGAUGGGAUGCACUUCAGCGACUUUCACGGCCGCAAUGUCAAAUGUUCUCCCCGCCUUUUCCUUUCUCAUGGCCUGGCUCUUCAGGCUUGAGAAGGUUAACGUUAGAAAAAUUCCGAGUCAAGCCAAGAUUCUAGGGACCAUUGUAACAGUUGGAGGAGCAAUGCUAAUGACUCUUGUGAAAGGGCCUUUAGUUCCUCUUCCAUGGACGAACAACCACAGUAAUAGUCAAGGAGCUUCCAACCCGGAAACCAAACAAGAUCUUGUAAAGGGCGCUAUUCUCAUCGGCGUUGGAUGUAUCUGUUGGGCCGGUUUCAUCAAUCUCCAAGCGAUCACGCUGAAAUCAUAUCCCGCCGAGCUCUCUUUAACAGCUUACAUGUGCUUGUCGGGAGCCAUCGGAGGCACCAUAGUGGCGCUCGUGAUCGAAAGAGCCAAUCCUGCUGCCUGGUCAAUACAAUUCGACUCCAAGUUACUGGCUGUUGUUUAUAGUGGAGUGAUUUGUUCCGGGAUUUCUUACUACAUUCAAGGGGCGGUAAUGAAGACUCGAGGACCCGUCUUCGUGACCGCCUUUAAUCCUCUGAGCAUGGUUAUCGUUGCCAUAUUGGGAUCUUUUCUUUUGGCUGAGGUUAUGUUCCUUGGAAGGAUUCUUGGAGCAGUAGUGAUAGUUCUUGGACUCUACUCCGUUUUGUGGGGCAAAAGCAAAGACGAACCGGCAUCGUUUUCGGACAUGGACAACGAACUCCCACUUAGUCACGUUCAACAAGUCGAGGGCGUCUCUUCAAAAGCAACCCGAGAAGCGGGAGCAAUGACGUCUACCGAUGAAUCUGUCUGA